AUGAUGAGCGCGGUCGUCGGGGCGGGCGCGGGCGCCGCGCGCGCGGUGGCGGGCGCAGCUGCGGGAGAGGGGAGGAUGACGGCGAGGGCCAGGGCGAGCACGAACGGGGGCUCGGCCGCCGGGUGGCGCGUCGCUCGCUGGGGCGAAGGCCGGCCCGCCGGGCGCUCUCGCGUGAGCGGUGGUGUGGGCGGCGGGUUCAGCGGGGCGGCGCUCGGGGGCGCCGGGCGCGCGGGAGCCGACAAGUCGACAGCCGCGGUGGCCGUCAAUGGCAAGAGGGCCCCCUCCAUCGACGAGAUGGACAUGGACCCCGAGCACGUCAAGUUCGCGUCGCAGGAUGAGCUCGAUCAGAGCGAGAUCAUGAAGUGCAAGGACGGCGUGUGCACCUACGUCAUCGACGACAUCAUCGCCCCGGUGAAGAGCGACAUGGAGCAGAUGCGCUCCAACAUCCUCGACAUCGUCGGCCGCAAGAACCCCCUCCUUUUGGCCGCCGCCGAUCAGAUCUUCGGAGCGGGGGGCAAGCGCCUCCGUCCGGUGCUCGUCUUCCUCGUCGCUCGCGCCACCGCGCAGCUCAUGUCGAUGGACGACAUCACCGAGCGCCAACGAAGGCUGGCGGAGAUCACCGAGAUGAUUCACACGGCGUCCCUCGUGCACGACGACGUCCUCGACGAUUGCGACACGCGAAGAGGAGCGGAGACCAUUCACACGCUGUACGGAACCCGCGUCGCGAUCCUCGCCGGUGACUUCCUCUUCGCGCAGAGCUCGUGGUACCUCGCCAACCUCGAUAACCUCGAGGUGAUCAAGCUCAUCUCCCAGGUCAUCGCCGAUUUCGCCGACGGCGAGAUCUCGCAGGCUGGGGCGCUGUUCAACUGCGACGUCACGCUCGAGGGUUACCUGGAGAAGAGCCACAACAAGACCGCGAGUCUCAUCGCGGCGUCGUGUAAGUCCGCGGCGGUGUUCAGCGAGGUGAGCGAGGACGUCAAGAUGGACAUGUACGAGUACGGCAAGCACCUCGGACUGGCGUUUCAGAUUGUCGACGACAUCCUGGACUUUACGCAGUCGGAGGCGCAGCUGGGCAAGCCGAAGGGGCAGGAUCUCGCGUCCGGGAACCUCACCGCGCCGUGCAUCUUCGCGCUGGGACGGAACCCGCGCCUCAGGGAACUCAUCGAGACGCAGUUCGCGAAUCCCGAGGAUCUCGCGGAGGCGAUCGAGAUUGUCAACGAGAGCGGAAUCGAAGACGCCAGGCGGUUGGCGAGGGAGGAGGCAGACAUGGCCCUCGCGGCGCUCAAGGGCCUCCCCGAGGGCAAGGCGAAGACCUCACUGGUGGACAUGGUCGGGUACGUGCUCGAGCGCCUGUACUGAUGAAGGAAGUUUCAGCGACGGGCGGGUUGGUGGUGGCGUGGCGACUCCUCGCGCGAAAGGGAGCGGGCUCACGAUUUGUCUUUAAAAAUACCCUGUUCUGUGCACGCCGCAAAGACGAAGUGACUCUUACUUAGUUCGAAAGUUGUCAAUCCGGACACGAGUCGUCGAUCUCA